UACAACUCCAGCUCAGCUAAACUUAAAAAAUGGACAAGUAGCUUGAUGGAUCAGCUGUUUGGAGAUUUCCGCCUCCUCCCAUUCUCUGCAACACAAGAGAUUUUCGCCUCCUCCCAUUCUAUGCAACACAACAUUAUUAGCUCCUACAUCCUACCAUCUGCGUACUGCAUGUCCUACAACCUUGCCUCAUCUCUGCGACGGCUCAAACAACUGUCCUUCUCACUUCUUCAUCUGUGUAAGCUCACGACUAUUCUCCUCUAUUUUUCCUCCGCAAAUCUGUUUGUUUGUCUUUGUUGUUGCAACCAGCUAAUCUGUCUCGUGGUUUCCCUCUCCAACAGGCUUUUCAUCCGUUGCUAUAUUCACUGGUUGUCCCUACCUCCAGAAGCGCUUUCAUUGCUCGUCUCUCAUUGUUAGAUUUUGGCAUUGCCUACAGCUAGGCCUUUUUUUCCUUAUUGCCGUUGAAGUUGGUUAAUUUAUCUGGUGGUUUCCUACUACAACACGUUUCCCACCCAUGAUCUGAGCAUCCAAAAACCAAGCACAACUCCCCUCCUUAGGCAUAUACACCAAAAAACCACAAUCUGAUGACGGAAGUGGCGUUAGCUAGUGCUGGCUUAAGAUUAGCUGCAUCACCAGUCCUGAAGAAACUCCUUGCUAAUGCUUCAACAUUCCUUGGAGUGGACAUGGCGCGUGAGCUCCAUGAACUGGAGACCACUAUCUUGCCACAAUUCGAGCUGGUGAUUGAAGCAGCAAACAAGGGAAACCAUAGGGCUAGGCUGGACAAAUGGCUUCAGGAACUCAAAGAAGCAUUCUACAUGGCCGAAGACUUGCUGGAUGGGCACGAGUACAACCUCCUCAAGCACAAAGCAAACGAGAAGGAUUCCUUGCCUGGCAAUGCCUCCUCCAUCAGCAGCACUUUUAUGAAGCCUUUACGUGCUGCAUCAAGCAGACUGUCCAAUCUGAGCUCUGAGAACAGAAAGCUAAUUAGCCAGCUGAAUGAACUGAAGGCUACACUAGCAAAAGCAAAGGAAUUCCGUGAACUGCUCUGCUUACCAGCUGGUUGUGAUCGAGAGAGCCCCACAAUACCAUCAGCUGUUGUUCCCGAGACGACAUCACUACCACCUCUGAAAGUGAUUGGUCGUGAUAAGGAUUGCAAUCAUAUAAUAGAUUGUCUUACCAAGACAACCGCUACUACAGAGUGCAGUACAGCUAUGUACUCAAGUUUGGCCAUUGUUGGAGCUGGAGGCAUGGGAAAGUCCACCUUGGCGCAGCUUGUUUACAAUUGCAAGAGGGUAAAAGAAUAUUUUGAUGUGACAAUGUGGGUAAGCAUCUCACGGAAACUUGAUGUCCGCCGUCAUACACGUGAGAUUAUAGAGUCUGCCUCUCAGGGGGAAUGUCCACACAUUGAUAACCUUGAUACUCUACAGCGCAAGUUGACAAACAUACUACAGGAAUCCGGGAAAUUCCUGCUUGUGUUGGAUGAUGUUUGGUUCGAACCUGGCAGUGAAAGGGAAUGGGACCAACUGUUGGCUCCUCUAGCUUCCCAAGAGAUGGGAAGCAAAGUUUUGGUAACUUCUCGACGGGAUAUAUUUCCAGCUGCUCUUUGCUGUGAGGAAGUGUUUCCUCUGCAAAACAUGGAAGAUGCUCACUUCUUGGCACUCUUCAAGCAACAUGCAUUAUCUGGACCAGAAAUUAGAAAUCCGCAGUUGCGUGAAAAGCUGGAUGAUUUUGCAAAGAAGAUCACUAAAAGGCUUGGACAAUCUCCUUUGGCAGCAAAAGUUGUGGGCUCUCAGUUAAAAGGGAAGACAGAUAUCACUGCAUGGAAGGAUGCUCUAACUAUUAAGGUUGACAAAUUAAGUGAGCCCAUGAGAGCUCUGUUGUGGAGUUAUGAGAAGUUAGAUCCAUGUCUGCAGAGGUGCUUCCUAUAUUGCAGCUUGUUUCCAAAAGGCUACAAAUAUGACAUUGAUGAUUUGGUUCAUUUCUGGAUGGCCGAGGGCCUUAUUGAUACGCGCAACCAAGCCAAAAGAGUGGAAGAUACCGGGAGUGAUUGCUUCAAGGAGAUGAUCUCUGCUUCAUUCUUUCAACCAGUUAAUGAGGAAAACACUUCCACGUACUAUGUAAUGCAUGAUCUCCUUCAUGAUCUGGCAGAAUUACUCUCCAAAGAAGACUAUUUCAGACUGGAAGAUGAUAAGGUGACAGAAAUACCAUCCACUGUUCGACAUUUAUCUGUCUGUGUUGAUAGUAUGAUGCAACACAAGCAAAGUAUCUGCAAGCUACAUCAUUUACGCACUAUUAUCUGCAUAGACUUCGUAACAGAUGAUGUAAGUGACCUUUUCAACCAGAUACUACAGAAUUUGAAGAAGUUGCGUGUACUUUGUUUGUUAUCAUAUAACAGUACUAAGCUGCCAGAAUCAGUUGGUGAGUUAAAGCACCUUCGGUAUUUGAACAUCAGCGAAACACCGGUUUCUGAAUUGCCAAGAUCACUUUGUAGUCUUUACCACUUGCAGUUACUUCUAUUAAAUGGAAAAGUUAGCAGUUUGCCUGAGAAACUCUGCAAUUUAACGAAGCUGCGACAUCUUCAAUGGUCGUACAACGAAGGAGUGCCUCAAAUUCCAAACAUUGGGAAGCUAACUUCGCUCCAACAAUUUGAGAUUUUUUCUGUGCAAAAGAAAAAGGGAUAUGAGUUGCAACAGUUGAGGGACAUGAACGAGAUUCAUGGCAGUUUAUGUGUGACAAAUCUUGAGAAUGUCACUGGGAAGGAUCAAGCCUUAGAAUCAAAGCUGCAUCAGAAAAGUCAUCUUGGCAGCUUACAACUUGUAUGGAGUUACAAGAAUAACACAAAUGCAGAGGAUAGUUUACAUCUGGAGGUUCUAGAAGGCAUGAUGCCACCACCUCAACUUGAGGAUCUUACAAUUAGCGGUUACAAAUCUUCAAAAUAUCCAGGAUGGUUACUUGAUGGUUCGUAUUUUGAAAAUUUGGGAUCAUUAAUCUUUGAAAAUUGCAGUGUAGUACAAAGCCUACCAUCCAGUACCGAGUUAUUUAGGAAUUGCUCUGUACUUUACCUCGAUAAUAUGCCAAACCUGAAGGCAUUACCUUGCCUUCCACUAGGACUUGAAGAGUUAGCAGUAUACAAUUGUCCACUGCUUCUAUUUAUGUCCAACGAUGAGCUGGAACAUCAUGAUCAGAGGGAGAAAACCAUUAGGACAGACUACUUGGCAUCACAACUUAGUUUAAUAUGGGAGGUGGAUUCAGGAUCAGAUAUUAGGAGUGUACUCUCGUCAGAACGUUCUUUUCUGAAGCAGCUGGUGAUAUUGAUGCAUACUGAUAUGUCACAUGUUCAAAACCUUGAAAGUUCUCUAGAAAGGGAUAAAGAUGAAGUACUGAUGAAAGAGGAUAUCAUAAAGGCAUGGAUAUUCCGCCAUGAGCAUAUGAUGAGACUCAUGUAUGGAAGGAGCAUUGGGAUGCCGCUGGUUCCACCAUCAGGACUUCGUGAACUUACUCUUUCUUCAUGCAGUAUUACAGAUGAAGCUUUAGCUGUUUGCCUUGAUGGCCUGGUUUCACUGCAAAUAUUGAUCCUUUCAAAGAUUAUGACUUUAACUACACUUCCUUCAAAAGAGAUCCUCCAACGUUUGACAAAACUUAACUUCUUGCAAGUCGGAUAUUGCUGGUGCCUCUGGUCAUUAGGGGGCUUACGAGUUGUUACCUCUGUUUCAGCUGUUGAAUUGUUUUCCUGCCCUUCUUUAGGGUUGGCACAUGGAGCUGAAUGUUUGCCAUUAUCCCUUGAAAGCCUCACCAUAAAGAAUUGCGUGCUUGCAGCUGACUUCCUCUGUACUGACUGGCCACAAAUGAAGAAUAUUCACAUAGCCAAUUGCAGAACCACUACAUGCUUUUCUGUUGGUAGUCUCACCUCUGUUAAAUCACUCUCACUGCUUCACUUGCCAGAUUUAUGUACGCUCGAAGGAUUGCCUUCCCUGCUGCAUCUUUCCAGCGUAUGUUUGAUUGAUGUUCCGAAACUCACCCCCGAGUGUGUCUCACAGUUUCGAGUCCAGCGCACACUUGAUGUUAGCAAUCCUGUAAUAAUCAACAACAUGCUCUCGGCUGAAGGUCUCACGGUUCCAGCACAUCUUUCUCUUAAAGGAUGCACCGAACCAUUCAUUUCAUUCGAAGAAUCAGCAAAUUUCACAUCUGUCAUGGGCCUGUGUUUCAUUGAUUGUCAAAUGAUUUCCCUGCCAACAAAUCUGAAAUGUUUCUCCAAUCUGAAGUCGCUCUGGAUCUUUAGCUGCCCGAACAUAUCAUCUUUACCAGAUCUGCCAUCCUCCCUCCAGGAGAUAUGUAUAUCGAGUUGUUCUGAGCUAUUGAAGGAGAGCUGUCGAGCACCUGACGGAGAAAGUUGGUCAAAGAUCGCGCAUAUCCGCCAGAGGCUAUUUAGUUGAAGUGCGGGUUAGAUUCCAACUUACAAAUAAACAGAAAGGCCCAAGAUGUGUGCCAUCCAGCAACCUGUUACCAGGUGGAGUGUCUGGCUCAUGCUACAGUUCAAGUGUGUCUCCUACUUCACUGGCCGGUGCUGAUCCCAUCGUCCAUUCUCCUGCUUGGCUGAUUGCCUGAGACAUCGCACUCACAGCUCGACCACCUUCUGCUUUCUGGUGUCAGUAUUAUCACCGACGGUGGAUUUUGUACUUGUGUUGCCAGUUAUCUUUUGCGUCAUGUUAUCAUUCGUUGACUGACCAAUUGCCAAAAGUAGUGUGUAAUUUGGAUCUUGUUA